GUGUGUGUGUGUGUGUGGGGGGGGGGCGUGUAAGAGGAAGAGGGGGAGUAAUAAUGAGAAAAGAAAAAGAUGAACAUUUAAAAACUUCUCUCUUCUUGACGUGAAGGAGGCGUGGUCAACAGUCAAUAUUUGUUUUCUUUAUUUUAUUUACAACACAACAACAAGUUAGUCGCCGACGUUAGUUAGUGAGCAGCAGGUUGUUUCUAACCACAACCUGCUGCUAGUCAACACAAUCAGGUUAGCUUCAUAUGCACCUAGUUUCUGAAGAGCGCUGGCUAGUUUUACCACAGCAGCCGGGUUCUACUGUGUACUAACUAGUUCUGAUGCGUACUAACUAGUUUGUUAUGUUUAACUAGUCUCGUGUACACCUGUUGGCUCCUGAUGUGCUCAUAUUAGAAGUGAAUAUCUGAUCAUUAAUCAAAGAUUAAUAUUAUUGAUCCGCUCCUGUGUGGACCUCAGACCGGCCUAAUCAUUAAUCAAACAGUAAUAUUAUUGAUGAGCUGCCUCUCCUGUGUGUUUAUAUACCUCACUGAUUCCUGUUCCAGCUUCAACCAAAGACUCUGAUGACAAACGUCUUAUAUUUGAUCCUCUCUUAUAUUUUCUAUAUUUUUCUACAGAUGUUUAUUGUUUAUUGUUUAUCUCUCAACAUGUUUACAUGAUGGAAACUAGAGUCUAUGAAUAUUUAUAUGAAGGUUAUGAUUCUCUCAUUUAUAAUCCAACUGUGAAGACGUGGGAUCUGUUUUUAUUAUAUCUUUUCUACUUCACCUUUUUAAACUGUAACUUUACGCGUUUUAUUAAAGUCAUCAUAAAACUGAAGGUUUGACUUUUGGGUUUUUUUGAUGAAUUCUGCGAAGUUUUCAGUUCUCACCAGAUCAAAGGACUGUCUCUUCCAGCUGAUUGACUUCAGGUCCACAUUAAUGUCUGAUAAGAGACUCUUGAGCUUGGAUCCACUGAUGUGGCUGAAAGCUCUGGAAAACAUUGAAGGGGAUUAUUCAUUGAUUCUUCAGUUAAACCUGUCAGACAUGUCACAUGUCACCCGCCUCCAUCCCGCGCGGAUCAAACUCAGACUUCGUUCACAGAUCACACUCUUUCUCCUGUAUCACUCCCUGUCAACACAUAUUUUAAUAAUGGCGGAUCAGAUGUCAGUGUGCUGUCUGUCUCGGAUCCAUCCGUCCAAUUGGAGUCGGGCUGUGACGUCACUGCUGAAUAUGAAUCCUCGGCUGGUCCAAUGAGGAUCCUCCGGGCCUCGGACUGGUCCAGUCGCUCCUGCUGCUUCUCCCGUAGAAUAAAAACGUGUGGAAGCUGAGCGGAUUCCUGGAGAGUUUCUAACGGCUCAUCAGAGCGGGACAGCGGGGAGUCGGGCCGCCGCCUCACCGCAGGGUCAUUAAUGGACUGAGACCGGGAUUAAUGAAUGUGCUCUUGGACCGGGUCUUAGUAUGAGACAGAGACUCUGAUGGACUGAUGGACACCCUGCAGCCCUGCGGCUCAGAUAGAUGAAGAGGACAUGGAGACACGGAUCUGUGGAGUGCGACACAUGUGCACUCUGACUCUGCUGCUGGUGUCCGUGUGUCCGCUGUGCUGCAGAGCCAGCUGGAUGUGGUUGGGUGUGACCGCGGAGGGAGUGCCGGAGAAGCUGGGCUGUGCUAACCUCCCCCUGAGCCACAGGCAGCGGGAGCUGUGCCGGAAGAAACCCUUCCUGCUGCCCAGCAUCCAGGACGGAGCCCGGCUGGCCAUCACUGAGUGUCAGAGUCAGUUCAGACACGAGAGGUGGAACUGCUCCACCACCUCCGAGCCGUCCGUGUUCGGGUCCGAGUUAACGAGCGGAACCAAAGAAACAGCGUUUAUCUACGCAGUCAUGGCGGCGGGGCUGGUCCACGCCGUCACACGGUCCUGCAGUCAGGGCAACAUGACGGAGUGUGGCUGCGACGCUCGGCUGCAGGGCAGCGGCUCGACAGAGGAGGGCUGGCACUGGGGCGGCUGCUCAGACCACAUCCAGUACGGGACCUGGUUCAGCCGCAAGUUCAUCGACAAUAGCGUCAAAAACAUGUCGACGAGUAGAGGAGGGUACACACUGGUCACCAUGAACCAGCACAACACAGAGGCUGGACGGCAGGCCAUUGACAAAACGAUGUCCACAGACUGUCGUUGUCACGGCGUUUCUGGUUCCUGCGCGGUGAAGACGUGUUGGAGGACAAUGGCGGCGUUCGAGCGUGUGGGCAUGUACCUGAAGGAGCGAUAUGAGCGCAGUGUUCAGGUGUCAGACCGCUCGAGGAAGAAGCCGAGGAGGAAGGACCAGCGUCUCUUCCCUGUCGACAAACACCAGCUCAUCUUCUUCAACAAGUCUCCCAACUACUGCCUGGAGGACCGGCGGCGGGGUGUCGCCGGCACCAGAGGACGCCGCUGCAACCGGACGUCUGCCGGGCCGGACGGCUGCAACCUGCUGUGCUGCGGCCGAGGAUACAACACACACGUGGUGAGACACGUCCAGCGCUGCGAGUGCAAGUUCGUCUGGUGCUGCUACGUCCAGUGCAGGCGCUGUGAGAGCAUGAAUGACAUGCACACCUGUAAAUAAAGGAAUCGGCACAAGAUCAAGAUCACACCUGAGAAUCAAGAUCUCACCUGAGAACGAAGAUCUCAUCUGAGGACAAAGAUCUCAUCUGAGAACAAAGAUCACACCUGAGAAUCAAGAUCUCAUCCGAAACAUCUCACCUGUAUGAACCACAGAUGUUAAUGAAAACAUCUACCUGUGGAGAGACAAACCCAUGAGUCAGCGAUGGACAGAUUUUACUGGAUUUCCCUGUGACCAAUCACAAAGCUUUCCACACCUAUCACCUGUGCAGCAGAGGACGGGCUGUGAUUGGUUGAUGUGAUGCUGCAGAGGAUGACCUCCUGAAAUGUUCAUUCUCUUUACAGCGCCCACCCCACCUUUCCUUCACCUGUAAACAUUGACGGACAUAGUGAAGACAGAGUUUGUUUUCUUCUUUUAGUUCUUUAGAAAAACUGAAAAAUUAAUUUUAAAAUGAAAUCAAAUGUUUUUGUAUUUUAUUUUUGGCAAUAAACAUAACUUAUGUGU